GUAAAAGGGAAGUUCAACUGUUAUUGUAAGUGCCCGGUGAGAGCUUUUAGUCACACGCUAGAAAGUUGAGAUGUUCCGCCGUGUGCUGGGGAAGACCUUUGGUUUUGUGGGCUACACAAUCCAGUAUGGCUGCAUUGCACACUGUGCUUUUGAAUACAUUGGAGAGUUAGUUGUGUGUUCUGGUCCAUCCAUGGAGCCCACCAUUGUCAACGAGGAUAUUGUCUUCUCUGAACGGAUGAGUCGGCAUCUUUGCAAAAUACAAAAGGGUGAUAUAGUCAUUGCAAAAAGUCCAUUUGACCCAAAUAUGAACAUUUGUAAAAGGGUAAUUGGAUUGGAGGGUGACAAGGUCUGCACAAGUUCCCCAUCAGAUUUGUUCAAGACCCACACAUAUGUUCCAAAAGGCCAUGUGUGGCUAGAAGGGGAUAACCUUAGGAAUUCUACUGACUCAAGGAACUAUGGCCCAAUUCCCUAUGCCCUCAUUCGAGGGCGUGUUUGCUUAAAGCUCUGGCCACCACAUAGUUUUGGGACCCUGAGUGAAAGUCCAACAGAACGGAUCAUUAAAACUCAGAGCGACUCGGACUCAGAUUGACUUGUCUACUUUGUUUGUAUUUGUAUUUGUGCUUGUACUUGACUUUUUCAUUUUUGAAUAAAAGUGUUAAUUCUUUUAAAAAGUUAAUCGUGCCCAUUUGAUUAAGAUCAAGAUUCAAGAUUUGAUUAAGAUGCAGCAGUGAGAGACGCUGCAUCUCUGUGGAACUGCUAAUGGCAGAGCUGGCAGGGGCAAAUAUGCAUAAGAUUUAAAGCCGACUUAGUAAUAGCAGCUAUGUCAAUGUAUUAAAAGCCUAAUCAUACCAAACAGUGCAAACACUAUUCAGGAAUCAGAAGUUACGAUUGAGUGAGUUCAGUUGCUUUAUGUAAGUGGUGCUGAAAUGCACCAAAACUGUACAUUUAAUUUUU